AUGCCGUCUGAAGAAAGGAAACUGUUACAAUAUGUGGAUGAUAUCUUAAUCGCCACCAAAACAGAGGACGAUUUAUCCGCAGUGCUGGAAGCAAAGGGUGGACACUGGCUCUCUCCACAAAGAUUCCUGAGGUAUCAGGCUAUACUAGUAGAACAAGAUGAUGUGGAAAUCGUAGUUACUAACAUUGUCAACCCAGCUUCUUUCCUCAGUGGAAACUCAGGAGAACCAGUGCAUCAUGACUGCUUGGAGACCAUUGAAGCAACAUAUGCAAGUUGCCCAGAUCUGAGAGAUAGCCCCAUGGAAAAAGGGGAAAACUGGUUUACAGAUGGGAGCAGCUAUGUCUUAAUGAGGAAUGAAUGUUACCCUUUGAUAAACCCCUUCUGGCAUGAGAAUGCAAACAUCACUGGUUCACACAGACAGCUUUUAUACAUGCAUGGAACAUUUGUCAUCCUGAUGCCCCUCAGCCUGAUAUUGAUGAUUUUUGGAGGAAUGACUGGAUUCAUCAGUAUUCUUGCCAGGGCCUACCUACUGCUUCGAAUGACAGGACUGCUUUUUCUUUUUGGAGCUCUUGUUACACUAACUGGGAUCAGCGUCUAUAUUGCAUAUUCAGCUGCUGCCUUCGAAGAAGCUGCCUUCCUCCUGAGGAGUAAGGAUGUCAUGGUAGAAAUCGACAUCAGGUUUGGCUGGUCACUGGCGCUAGUCUGGAUCUCCUUUGUCGCAGAAGUGCUCACGGGAGCUGUGUUUCUCCUGGCAGCAAGAACUGUGGAUCUGAAACGGCGACAUGAACAGGCAUUAUGA